UUUUCAUAACGCUUACUUCUUUCUAUACUAUUCUCUCCCUCAACCCAGCCGUUGAAGUGUUGCUGUUGAGAAUCCCUUACCCUUACCAACUUGCCUUUUCUUCUCUCCAGAAGUGCAUUGCAUUGCCCCACCGCGCAUACCAGCUCGACAGGGCGAUCGCCCUGUCUUCUCUCUACACCAUGGCGAAGAAGGCUCGCCAGAGAAUUAGCUAUGUCCUCGACGUCCCCAAUUCCCAACCUGGCGGUCACCGACUCGGCGUGAAUGGUCUGGACAUUGACAAGGACAAUGCCAUUCUCUAUUCCGGCGGCCGUGAUGGCGUCGUUUGCGCGUGGGACGUCCUCGACAUGAAAAAAGACGCCUCGACCCAUGCCGACACUGACCCAGAUGCGAAACCGAAGCCCCGCUCCAAGUUCCGUGCUCAGACCCAAGCCCACACGCACUGGGUAAACGACAUCGUCCUUGCCCAGAAUAAUUCGGCCCUCGUUUCCGCCUCGUCCGACCUGACCGUCAAAGUCUGGCGCCCUCUUUCCGAGUCCCAGCCACAAGACAGUUUCAAAAUUGGCCAGCAUGCCGACUAUGUCAAGCGCGUCGCAUCGCCUCGUGGCGCCAGCUGGGUGGCCUCGGGCGGCCUCGACCGCAAGAUAUACCUAUGGGACCUCAACGGCGCCGGGAAGAUACUCGAGAUCGACACCAGGGGGGAGGAGGUCGCCGCGAAGGGAUCCGUCUACGCCCUCAGCGCCCAUCACCGCAUGAUAGCCAAUGGCGGCCCCGAGUCGAUCGUGCGCCUCUGGGAUCCCCGCACCGGCAACAGCAUCACCAAGUUCGUUGGCCACACCGACGUCAUACGCUCAAUCCUCAUUAGCGAGGCCGGAGACACCGUCCUCACGGCCUGCUCCGACCAGACCAUCAAGCUUUGGAGCGUCACCGCUGGACGUUGCAUGUACACCUUCACCAUGCAUAACCACUCGGUCUGGUCCCUCUACUCGGAGCACCCCGACCUGGGCAUCUUCUACAGCAGCGACCGCGGCGGCCUCGUCGUCAAGACGGAUGUGCGCGGCUCCCUCGACGACUUGGACCACGGCCUAUCUUUGGCCGUGGCCCAGGAGCAGGAGGGCGUCAUGAAGGUCUUGGCCGCCCGCAACCACAUUUGGACCGCCACCUCGACAUCCUCCAUCAACCGCUGGCCCGACGUGAGCACGGACGCCAACAUCCAGCUGCCUCCUACUCUUCGCCAUCGCCGCGCCGCCUCCGCCGGGACGACCCGAUCCAGGCAUCCACAGGCAGCUUCUUCUUCUUCAUCCCCUCCUCUCUCUAGUGACUCGGCGGCCGCCGAUAGGAGGGAGGUCCCGGUCAUACCGGCGAAGUCCAUCCUCAGGAUUUCGAACACGGCAUCUUUCCCGGAGCCCGGGGAUCCUGGCUCGGAAAUCCCCAUCGAGUCGGAUUCCUCUGCCCCCGAGCCCAUUUAUCACCUCCCGGAAGAAACCAUCGAAGGCCAAUUCGGUCUGGUGAAGCACAAGCUCUUGAAUGAUAGGAGGAGAGUCUUGACGCUGGACACGGCUGGUGAUGUUUUGCUUUGGGAUCUGAUCAAGUGCGAGGUCACCCAAAGCUACGGUAAGCGGCAUCUAGAAGACGUGGAACCGGAAGUCAAUACCCUAGAAGCUGUUGCGCCGUGGUGCUCCAUCGAUACCAGUUCGGGAAGCCUUACUGUGGUACUCGAGCCGGUCAACUGCUUCGACGCGGAAAUGUACGCCGAUGAGCUGACGACGGAGGAACUUGUGGAGUUCCGGGAAGACCAACGAAUCAAUCUGGGGAAGUGGGUUCUUCGCUACCUCUUCGCCAAGGUCAUCGACGAGGAGAUCAAGCGUGAUGAAGCCCACCGACGGCUUCUCAACGACGGAGUAGAGAGGAGGAGAGUGGCGGCAAAGCGGGCAAACGCGCCAACGUCUAUUGAGCUCCCUUCGGCCGCGGCCGCUUUUGAGGGCGCAGAUCCCCUGAGCACGCCACGUGUGCACGGCGGCCAACCCCCCCCGCUGACACCGGGGCUGGCAAUUGGCAUGGCAAGUCCUGCACUACCCCGACUCCAAGAUGUCCCCGAGAGUGCUGUGACACCCACGAGCCCUGUAGAGAGGAAGAUAUCUCUAUUCGGCCGACCAUCGGCAGACAUUAGCAGCAAGGAAGACUAUUUCUCGGGCCCUGUUGGUUCUCCCGAGGGGACGAAGCAGACCGGUGGCGUCCUGGGCACGCCGGCAGAACAAGCAGCGGCCGAGGCCAAGUCGCCAGGUGGCAGCGAGAAGGACAAGGAUGGCGGCAACGGGAAAUCGCCCAGCACGCCGUUCGGGAAAAAGUUCCGCAUGGGCAUGGGCAUGGGCAUGGCUAAGAAGAUGAUGCGAUCUGCCUCGACAGCCACGGCGGAGAAGCAAGCGGCGGUGGAUGAGAGGGCCGAAGAGUCGGAAUCGUCAUCGUCGGCGCACGAGAAGGAGGUCGAUGACAGUUUUUUCGGAGUCAUCCAGCGGAUCCGGAACGAGUAUGACAAACAGCUGACCGAGAACCCCGACAAGCUUGUGGAAACCAAGAUCACUCCGAGCCUGCCCAACGAUACCCCUGUUCUGAAGCUCCCUCCCGGCACGAAAGUCAUUAUCCAGGAGGAGACGUCAGGAGGGAGCGCCAACCUCUACCAGGGAACGGCGGAGACGGUUGGUAACGACACGGACAUGAUUGAGCAGCGGGGGCCGAUGUGGCUGGGCGAAGUGCUGCUACAGAACCAGACGCCGCAGAAGGAACCGGCCAAGAUAUCCUUCGUGCUGCAGCCGUGGGACAGUUCGCUUCCGGACCUGGGCGCUGCCGACGGGAACAACCGGUUGAACGCGAACAGGAUGCUGCGCGUGAAGAAGAUCCUCGCCUAUGUCGCGGAGAGGAUCGAUCCACAGCCGGAAGAGCCGGAUCCCAGUGCGCUCAAACCGGAAGAGUACCUCGAACUGUAUUGCAGCGAUACGCUGUUGCCGAACACGAUGACGCUCGCUACGUUGAGAGCGCACAUCUGGAAGGGGGGCAACGAUGUCAUGUUGUACUACAAAGCGAACGGGCGCAAGGAGAUUCCGAACAAGAGACCGCCAGGACAACCGGGACACGCAGGGCAAGCAGGUCAAGCAGGUCAAGCGGUAACAUCAUCAUCAGACGCGGAUGAGUCUGUUUCGGCGAUUGGGGCAGCGGUGGCACCGGCCUCGUCGACGACGGCAGCUUAAAGGCGGCGUUGGUCCAAGUGUAAAAGGUCUCGCUUGAUGAGGAAGUAUUGGGGUGAGACGUCGACACACCAAGUCAUGUUCGAAUUGCCGUCUCUCUCUCUCUCUCUCUCUCUCUCUCCCCCCCUCCCGUUUUCACUUUUCUCCCCUUUUCUCUUUCUAUAUAUGUUUAUGCCUAGCGGGUAUUCUUUUCUAGCCUUAUCCUGUCCCACCGGAUGAGUUCGUGUAUAUGGGUUCGUUAUUGUACAUAGGUAGUAGCGAGAAAGGGCAAGAGCCAUGAUGAUAAUGAGCCACCCAUGGUCC